AUGCUUCUCAAUCUACAACGCUAUAAUCUGUCGAUUGAGUUCGUUACUGGUAAAGACAACGUUGUUGCUGAUGCCAUCUCUCGUGCACCUUUUGACGAUCAUGCAGCACAGGAUGACUAUAAGAAGCAUGAUGUGUACAAGUUAACUAAAGAAAUAGAAAAACUGAACUUGACGUCAUUUCUAAAGGUUUCGGAUAAACGUCUAGAUGAGAUAAUUGAUGAAACUACGAACGAUCAAUCAAUGCAACUCAUCAUUGAUUUCAUUAAUCGAGGAUGGCCGUCAUCGAUUGACCGUGUACCGGAUGGCGUGAAGAUUUAUUUCAGUUGUCGCGACGAACUCUCGACUCAGAAUGGAAUCAUUUUCCGAAAUGAUCGCAUCCUGGUGCCUCACAAUCUUCGAAGAAAGCUUAUUGAUAGCUGUCACAUUAGUCAUAACGGAAUCGAGUCUGCCUUGAAACUAGCGCGAGCAAACUUGUUUUGGCCUGGGAUGACUUCUCAAAUUACAGACGUAGUAAAAGAAUGUCCGAUUUGUGCCAAGUAUUCCGCUUCACAGCCUAAUCCUCCAAUGUUGACGCAUAGUAUUCCGGUGUAUCCAUUUCAACUUGUUUCAAUGGACGUUUUUUUCGCAGACUAUCGUGGUUGUAAAUGCAAAUGGCUCGUCACUGUGGAUCACUACUCUGACUUCUUCGAGGUGAACAAUAUCAAGGAUUUGACUCCAGAAUCCGUCAUCAUGGCUUGUCAACAGAAUUUUGCGCGGCACGGUAAACCUCAGAGAAUUCUGACUGACAAUGGUUCCAACUUUGUCAAUUCGAAGAUGGUCAAGUUCGCUUCUGAUUGGGACAUAGAACAUGUUACAUCGGCCCCUCAUCAUCAGCAGGCCAACGGAAAAGCUGAAGCUGCCGUGAAAAUCGCCAAACGACUUCUCAAGAAAGCCGAAGAAACAGGAGCAGAUUUUUGGUACGCGCUGUUGCACUGGCGCAAUAUCCCAAAUAAAAUUGGAUCCAGUCCAGCCAGUCGUUUGUUUUCCCGUGCCAUUCGCUGUGGUGUACCAACGGCAAUAUCGAAUCUUCUUCCGAAAGUAGUAAAAGAUGUUCCUGAAAUGAUUGAAAAUAACAGAAAGAAGGCAAAAUACCAAUAUGACAAGAGAACACGAAAUUUACCGGAUAUACAAACAGGAUCUCCAGUUUAUGUUCAACUGAACUCCGAAUCUUCUAAUCUCUGGACACCGGGGACGAUUUCCAAGCGCUUCAACGAGCGGUCUUAUUUAGUCGAUGUAAAUGGUGCUGAAUAUCGUCGCAGUCUGGUGAACUUGAAGCCUCGUAAGGAAUCCUUAACGCUGCCAAACCGUUUUGAGCCAUCCGUUCAACAUAGUUCACUAACCAACUUCCAAAGUCUUGAGGAGCACCAUCCAGCUGGUUCGGAUGACGUACGAAGUCGAACUGUGAAUUUUCCAACUGCUUGUCAACCGACUUCAGAGAACACGUCUACUACGAUUGAGUUGCUGGAAUCACCAUCUUCAUCACAGCCUGUUGCAUUACCACGUGGUCAACCAUGUGCUGCAGUCUUAAAACGACCAAUUGACGCUCCGAUUGCUACGUGCGACGUCAGUAAUGCAAGGCCAAGAAGAUUGAUAAAACUACCAAAGCGACUUAAAGAUUACCAAGUAGAGUACAAGUAA